CCUGGGCCUGGGCCGGGCUCGGGCCGAGAGGCGGAGGCUCUCGGGAGAGCCCCAAAACUUUGCAGAGCGCCCGUCGCGCUGGGGCAAUGUGGCUGCUGUGGCUGCUACUGGGUUCGGCGGAAGGACAGCUGUUGCCCUGGAAUAACUUCACAAAUGAAUGUAAUAUUCCUGGAAACUUCAUGUGCAGUAAUGGACGUUGUAUCCCGGGAGCCUGGCAGUGUGAUGGGUUGCCAGACUGCUUUGACGAAAGUGAUGAGAAGGAAUGCCCAAAGGCCAAAUCUAAAUGUGGCUCCACCUUCUUCCCCUGUGCAAGUGGAAUUCACUGUAUCAUUGGUCGCUUCCGAUGCAAUGGUUUCGAGGAUUGUCCUGAUGGCAGCGAUGAAGAAAACUGCACAGCAAAUCCCUUGCUAUGCUCUACUGACCGAUUUCACUGCAGGAAUGGCCUGUGCAUUGAUAAAAGCUUUAUGUGUGACAAUCAGAAUAACUGCCAGGACAACAGUGAUGAGGAAAGCUGUGGAAACUCUCAAGAAGCUGACAGCAGCCAGAAUUAUGUGACCACAGAGCCUCAGCUGAUCUUCUAUCCCAGCAUUACCUAUGCAAUUAUUGGCAGCUCAGCCAUUUUUGUGCUGGUAGUGGCCCUCCUCGCCCUUGUCUUGCACCACCAGCGGAAACGCAACAACCUCAUGACUCUCCCGGUACAUCGAUUGCAGCACCCCGUCCUCCUCUCCCGGCUGGUUGUCCUCGAUCAUCCACAUCAGUGCAGUGUCACCUACAACGUCAACAAUGGGGUCCAGUACAUGUCCAACCAGGCCUACCACAGGCCACCAGAUUUAGAUUCCCCACCAUCUUAUUCGGAAGCUGUGCUAGACCAAAGCAGACCCCCAUGGUUUGAUCUUCCUCCACCUCCUUAUUCCUCAGAAACAGAAUCCCAGAGUCAUAUAGACCUCCCUCCUUAUCGAUCUCGGACUGGGAGUGUGGUGAGCACAGAUGCCGCAGUGGCAAGAAGUCCAGGAACUGUGGAUAGUAGUCGAACAAGAAGCGCCAUUGGCAGUAUGGACUGUCACAGUACGCUACAUGAAAUUAUAGCGGAGCAAAGUGACUCUCUCAUGAAUUCAGUUUCUGCCAGGGAAGUGUAGAUGGUUAUUUAUGAGGUUCUUCUGGAUGUCUGCUUGGGCUUGGACCAGACUUAAGAAGUUCAGAGUUACCUGAGCUCCUUCUCCAUGCUGACUGCAGUGCAAUGGGGAGCUUGCCCAGUGUGCGCCCUGUUGAAAUGACCUACAGCUGUGCAAACACCCAUUCAACGUUCAUUUCAAGGGAAUGUCAAGAAGAAGAAGCUGCCGCCAAUGGCCUUAGCCAUGCUAGACUUUGAAUGUUGUGUUCUGAGUUCAUGGGAACAGUCCUGACAUUUCAGUUCAGUUUCACCUUGACUCUUUCUAUAGCAUGUUAUGCGUUCAAGGUAUUUUAGGGGUAUUUACUAUGUGCAUGUGUCAGAAUAUAAUAUAUACACAUGUGCCUAGAUAUACACCUGUAUUUGAAAAUAUCUGUGUUAUUUUUUAAAAAAUGUGUAUUUAUGACUGUAUGUAUAUAAUAUACUAGUAAAUGAAGAUUGUAUUAUACAAGUGUUGAUUGGUGUGACAAAACCGAAAUUAGAUAUGGCAGAUUAACAGCCUUGUGUAGAAAUGCUCGCACAAAAUCCCAGUCUGAAGAGGCAGUGAAACUUCUACAACACGUUAUCCUUUCCUACAAACCGGCCUGGUUCAGACAACACACUAAACCAUGCAG